AUGACAUCGAAGUGUUGGUUUACUCUUAAACAAAACCAUUACCCUCCACCGAUCUUUCCUCGGCAUGGAAUUGGGAAAGUUAGCGGCGGGCCGAUCUGCCCCGGACAUCUUAUCCCCGAUCUCAAACACCUCGACAACGUCAUAAAUCGACAUGGUCCUCUUGAUAUUCCAUCCGAUAUGCCUAUCUAUCAUACUAAAGCAUGGGAUCUGACAUUUGACUCGAAGAGGGACAAUGGAAUCGACCUUUCUGCCAUAGCUGAUGUCCCGAUAGCCGCCGCCGUGGGAGUUAACAUCAACCUUGAUGCUGGGGUGGCUUUCAAGAAAACGAAGAAUAACUUCUGGGAGUUUGAUUCGCUUGAUACGUUUGUUAUUCAACCGACGAGAGAAUACAUUGAGGACAGUCUUGAAGACACCGAGGUUGCUGCAUACCUCAAGAGUCGAAGUCCCUUUGGAUCAUCCUCUCUGUUCAUGGUCACUGGAGUAAUUAUCGCUCGAGGUGCCAAGAGUAAAAAUACAACAUCCCGAGAAAGGAGUGUUCGUGGGAAUCCAGGAGUUGAUGUCCCCAUACUUGCCGAAGCGGGGAUAAAGCUAGAACUUCAAAGAGAAAGGGGGAUAUCGUCGACCACGAAGAUGACAUCUGACUUUGUGUGGGCCAUCCGCCUUGCGAAGAUUUCCAAGGGGAUUCUUGACAGAACCUGGUCGCAUGUAACGUACUCUAGCGGAGCGACUUUCGGCUUGGAUGAUGAUGGCAGCAAAGAGGAGGCCCAUCAAAUCGUAAAUAAUCUCAAGGUCGAAGGGUUUGAAGGGUUCGAAGGAUUUGAAGACCCUUACGGGCGGAAGAAUGAUGAUGUAUUCGUUGUUGGAACGGAGGGCUGA